CACGCGCUGCAUAUCGUCGUGGGACAGGCCGCUGCAAAGACCAAUGCUGGCGAAGAAAUUUGCAUAAUGAGCUCACCAACCCGCAUGAAGUUCCCUGGCGAGGACUUCUUUCACCCAGGCUUUACACCGGCGGGGUUCACGCCAACCACAGCUUCAGAAGAUGAAGUUUUGACCUCGCGGCUGGAGCCACAGGCGAUACCGAUUAUCACAAGAAAGCCAGUCCCCAGCGCAUCUCAACAGACCUUGAGCACGAGCUCAAAACCGAAUCCAUUAGCAAUGAACCCUGUGCUAACGUCCUCGCCGGAGGCAGCAAUGGAGGAAUCAGCCGUCACCGGAAGUGGAGAGAAAAGGGGUUUGGGUUUGGGUCUGGCCCAGGUGUCUAAUGCAGAAACUACAUUGGUUGUUCCUGUCCAGAACUUGCUAUCAUCGGAGAGCCCGACGGAGGAGGUUUCCACUCUGGACUCUGCGUACGGUGACUCCUCCGCUGUCUCCGCGAACCCAUCACAGCCGUCACCACCAGCUCCAUGGCCGGCGAUGCCGCAUGUGCAGAAGGAUUAUGCUUUUUCUCAGCUACAUGGUAGUGACGCGCCUUCACAAGAGGCCUCCCAGCCCGUCUCUCCCAUUAGCGAUUCAGACUAUUUCGAUUCCACGCAGGCAAGCAGGGCAAACUCGCUAGCCCACAGAGUAUCGCAUCGGACAGUAGCACCAACAUCCGCAACAUCAGAUGCGCCAAUGCCACCACUUCCCAUAAAACAUCAAAAGCUGCCAGAUGAAGGUGAACAGCGGGAAAAGGUUCAUGGUGAGCAUAGUAACGGACGGGAAACUACAACUCCGGUUCAGGAGAACCGCCGCUCAACUAACAACUGGCCAUUGGGACUUUACUUUGAUGGUCCUUCAGAUGAUAUCAACCCCAAAGCUGCGGUUGAUGAACUGCCAGCGGUUGAACAAAGCCAGUCUCACACAGCUCUGAAUGUCAAGAGCCCUUCAAUUCUUGAGGCACCACCCCCUUCACAACUACGUGCACCGAACACCCAACAGCAGAUGUUUGGAUCACAGAAGGCGUCACAGCAGUACCAGCCGACAUUCUCACCUCACCGAUCCUCGCAGACUUUCAUUCCAUAUCGGGCAUCUCACCCACAGUACGCGACUCAAGCUCCAUUCGAUACGAGAUUCUCACUCCCGCCAGUCUCAAUGCAACUAGAACGGCCGCCUAUGAAUUCGCAGCAAUCAAGAUAUUCAUCCGCCACAAUGGGUGGGACAACCCCUUUCUUGCACCACAACGACGAAGAGGGCUUUUUCGAUUCGCGCACGAAGGAACCUAACCGCAAAGAUACGGCAACCUUUUCAACCGCCGGAUCUUCUCAUUCAAUAUUUACCAGUUUCCGGGCAUCAUGGCUUCCGGAAAUUCUCUGGGUCUUACUAUCUAUCACCUGCUUAGGCAUCAUUGCCGUAAUACUAAGCCGCUUCGACCAAGAACCACUCCGAGAAUUCUCAUUACCAAUUACUCUGAACACCCUCGUCGCCUUUUUCAUAACUAUCUGCCACGCCGCUCUGAUAUUUCCAGUGGCUCAGGGGUUGAGCCAGCUGAAAUGGAACUGGUUUGCCACAAAAGACAGAAGCUUGGCUGACUUCCAGGCAUUCGAGGAUGCGAUAACAGGCCCAGUUGGUGCCGUUAAGCUUUUGAUUGCUACAAAGGGCCGUGUCUUGAACCUCGUUCUUGUAGUUAUAUUGCUAUUGGGUCUGGUCACAUCGGCGAUGACUCAAAUGAUUAUUGCCUACCCAACCCGCCUCGCCAACCGCUCCGCCGUGCCACAGGUCUUCAGGGCAGAAGCAUAUCCAAGCAACAACAAUCAGGCCACUUCGGUGCCAGAGUUGGAUAGGCGCCAGAAGCAAAGCAUACAGAAUGGCAUCUACAACCCUGUCGAUGAGCCUAUCAUAAACUUGGCACCAGUCUGCAGAUCCAAGGAGUGCGAGGUCCAGAAGUUCAGCUCUCUCGCGGUUUGUUCACGGACAGAGGAUAUAUCCAAUCGACUCCAGAUAUCAGCUGAUUCGCUGGCCGACGAAUUGAGUACACGCCUUGGCCUGGACAGCUCUCGACAAGUCCGCAACGCAAGCUUGAGUAACGGAGCAUACCUAACCGGCUCGACCGACACAUAUAACGUCAACAUAACCUCUCCCCUUUUGGUAUACGACGAUACCAAGCCAGCAAAUAUAUCUUUCGCCUUCUCAGAUCAGCCUAAUUUGAUGGCGGCAGCAAUCUCCAAUAUAUUCAUCAUAUACACAAAGCAAGCAUCGUUCCAGGAACCAGGCUCUCCCUCUCCAGUGUCAGACACGGCGUUUGGUGCCAUGGAGAUUCUCUUUCAUUUCUGUGUCGCAGAUUAUACAGUUAGAUCCGGCAUCGGGAUGGACCAGGGAAUUACCCCAUUCAAAACCCGAGUAGGGGAAAGGACGAUAGUUCUAUCAGAGGCCGGGGAGGACUACAGGGUUGAUCGCAAUUCGGCAGCAGCACUAAUGCGGUACAUGACAUCUACGUUCUACGGCACAUUUUCCGCGGCCAUGGGCUCCGGCGCCGUCGGCCACACGAGCACGAGCGACGCUCUUGGUCUCAGCAUGUUCGGCGCUUCCUCUCAAACACUGCCCGAAAGUGACCGUCUUGCCGCUGUGCGGAACCUUACACAGAAUGUGGCAACAAGCUUGACGAAUACGAUACGGACCCAAGGCAUACAGAUUUCUGCUGCUUCCAUUGAGCAAGAAACCUACAUUUCGAUCCGAUGGGGUUGGUUUGCCUUCCUGGUCGUGCAAGUCGUCCUGGCUGCCGGCUUCUUGGGUGGUGUCAUCAUGGAGACAAUCUUGCUCGACGUUCGCGUGCUCAAGAGCUCUGCUCUCGCCGGAAUGUUUGCCGUCUCAGCCGAGGACCGCAAGCUGCUGGAAGUUGAGGGUAUCGGCAGGGUACACGAAGGUCACGUCAUGGCCACAGCUAUCAAGGCUGAUGGCAUCAGGGGCCGGUUUGUCUGUAGUGGAGAGAGGGAGGGUUGGGUUCUGGACCUGGGUGUUCGCUAA